CCGUCGGCCAUCUUGGUCGACACCCACCUCGGUGGAUUCACUGCGGAGCUCCGGCGGCCCAAUCAGAGCGGGCCGGGCUGAGCGGACCGGAGGAGGCUGGGGUUUAUUUCUCCUGGUGCCUUUUCACAGCAUCGUGCUCCGCUGCGUUUUAAAGCCCCCGUCUGCACAGAAAGGCCGAGGAAGAGGAGGAGGAGGAGGAGGAGGAGGAGAGGGGAGCCCCGCGCUCACAACAGCAGCUCAUUUCCUUCAGCCGAGUCAAGGAGGAGAGGAGGAUGCAGACGUAAGGAGGAAGAGGAGCAGCACUCCCCCCCCACCUCCUCGACACCUGCUCACACCAGACCUCCUCGUGUUUUUUUGUCUCCUCUCUCUUGUGAUUCGUUCUUCAUCCUCUGAUCUCCCGUUUCUCUCCUCCAUCUUCAGCGCCUGGAACAAAAGGCCGCUUCGCCUCCUUUCUUUCUUUUCUUUUUCUUUUUUUUUUUUUGUUCUUGUUUUCUCCUCGGCGCUGUGGGCUUUUUUAUUUGUCUUGCCUGCUGAAAGCUGAGUCAUCAUGUCUGAUCUGACGCCUCAGAGCGAGACGCCCACCCCCACCACCGACAAGAUCACCCAGGCCGCCCGCGAGACCAUCUAUCUCUGCAACUUUCGCGUCUCCGUCGACGGCGAGUGGCUCUGCCUGCGGGAGCUCAACGACAUCUCGCUCACGCCGGACCCCGAGCCGGCCCACGAAGAUCCCAAAGACCCGAUCGCCAUCGAAAGGCUCAACCUGAUGAACAUGGCCAAGCUGAGCAUCAAAGGUCUGAUCGAGUCGGCGCUCAACCUGGGACGCACGCUGGACUCCGACUACGCGCCGCUCCAGCAGUUCUUUGUUGUCAUGGAGCACUGUCUUAAGCACGGACUAAAAUCUAAGAAGACGUUCCUGGGACAGAACAAGUCGUUCUGGGGGCCGCUGGAGCUCGUGGAGAAGUUGACUCCUGAGGCUGGAGAGAUCACUGCCAGUGUGAAGGACCUGCCUGGGUUAAGAACUCCUUUAGGGAGAGGCCGGGCCUGGUUACGCCUGGCCUUGAUGCAGAAGAAGCUCUCUGACUACAUGAAGACCAUCAUCAAUAGAAAGGACCUGCUCAGUGAGUUUUAUGAGCCGAACGCUCUGAUGAUGGAGGAGGAGGGCGCCGUCAUCGCCGGGCUGCUGGUCGGGCUCAACGUCAUCGACGCCAAUCUGUGCAUGAAGGGCGAGGACUUGGACUCGCAGGUGGGCGUCAUAGACUUCUCGAUGUACCUGAAAGACGGAGGACACAGCAGCAAGAGUGCAGAGGGCGACGGUCAGAUCACCGCGAUCCUCGAUCAGAAGAAUUACGUGGAGGAACUGAACAGACACUUGAGUGCAUCAGUAAAUAACCUCCAGGCCAAAGUAGACGCUUUGGAAAAGUCCAACACGAAGCUGACAGAAGAGCUCGCUGUGGCGAACAACAGGAUCAUCACUUUACAAGAAGACGUGGAAAGAGUUAAAGAGGAGAGCUCGUAUCAGCUGGACUCCAGGAAGGCGUCAUCAGCGGACGGACAGGUGCUGGGUGAGACCCGGAAGCAGCUCAAAGAGGAAACUCAGCUUCGACUGGACGUGGAGCGAGAGCUGGAGGUGCAGAUCGGGAUGAAGCAGGAGAUGGAGCUGUCCAUGAAGAUGCUGGAGAAGGACAUCUGUGAGAAGCAGGACGCCCUGGUGGAGCUGCGGCAGCAGCUGGAAGACCUCCGUGCCAUCAACCAACAGCUCAGCCACAAGUCACAGAGCGCAGACGCCAGCUCCAAACAGAAGAGCGAGGCCAUCGCUCGGCUGGAGGAGAAGAUCAACCAGAUGUCUGGGACCAUAAAGCAGCUGGAGAACAGAUGCAAACAGGCCGAGAGGGAGCGGGAUCUGGCUUUAGAGGCCAACCGGCUCUUCAAGCAGGACUUUGGGGACAAAAUUGAGAGUCUGCAGGUGGAGGUGGAGCAGCUGCGCAGACAAAGAUCUGCUCUUGAGCAGGAGCUGAGGAGAGAACGGGAGCUGAAGCAUCAUGUCAGCGCCACAGCUUCUGCUUCUGCUCCGAGGAGGAUCAAACAUUCAGAGAGUCCUCCAAAGCGACUUUCAGAAUCCACACCGACGGGAAGGGAGACGGACCAGGAGGAGAAAACCACUGCGAGCUCCAGUCUGUCCUUGUCACAUACUGAGGAUGAGCAGGAAGUCGUGCGCCCUGAGACCACGCCGCCAUGCGUGUGCACCAUGUGUAAACAGGACGACUCCCUCCUGAGGACAAAGAAACAAUGCAAGAACUGCUUGAACUCUUUCUGUGAGAGCUGCGUGUCCCACCAGCUGCCGCUGCCUUCCUCCAUUCUGCCGGAGACGGUGUGCGCCGCCUGCUACUCGCAGCUGCUGCAGCAGUACGCGUCCACGCCAACAUGAGCGUCACCAGAGGCUUUAAAACCGGCACUGCUACAAGCACUUUUUCACCUCAUCGGCCCCGAAAUGUCAUGAGAGAUACUUUAGGGACGUUUUUAAACGUUUGCCGGCGACAGCUGUGCAGAAGUGUGGCCAUUUUAUCCUGCUUUGGUGUUUUGGCUGCAGCGAUUCCACUUUAGAGAACAUUUAUUUGCUGAUUAAGGCGCCAGGCUGGACUCAAAAGCAUGUAAAUUUAAAUGAUCUCAUUCAUUGCUGCUUAAGAUAAAGAUGUGAUCCUCCAUGUCCACCGAAUGGGCGAUUUCAACACCUUUUAACGAAUAAAACUGGAUCUUAUGCUUGUA